GAAGAAUCGGCGAUCGAGUGUGGCAAGCCCCGAGCUUCCCCAUUGGUGAAAAAUGCGCGUCAUUCUAAAAAAACGGAAGCAGGCGCUACCAUUUUGAAACACGACACUGCUUAGCGCCACAAUGGACAAGAGCAACACGGUGAAGCUCUUCGUGGGCAACCUGGCUCUGGACACCACCCAGGAGGAGCUGUCGGCCAUCUUUGAGUCGUAUGGCCAGGUGGUCAGCUGCAGCGUUCUCCGACAGUUCGCCUUCGUACACCUACAGGGCGAGGGGGCUGCAGAGCGGGCCAUCAGUGAGCUGAACGGCAGGGAGUUCCGUGGGAGGAACCUGGUGGUGGAGGAGUCCCGGGGCAGACCGCUUCACUCCACCAAGGUGUUUGUGGGCAACCUGUCGGGCAUGUGCACCACUGAGGAUCUCCAGGAGCUCUUCCAGACCUUCGGCAAAGUACUGGAGUGCGACAAGGUCAAAGGUGAGUCUCGUCCCUUCUCAUGCAGGAGUACUCAGAAGGGAGAUAGUGCAGUACAUUUUGGUCCACAAGUGCCUGAAGUGGGCCGGAUGGUGCUGUCUGGUACGAAGAACUUGCACCUCAAAUGUUCUACUGCUGAAGGAAAAAAUCUGUCCCCCCUCCCUCCCUCCCUCCGUGUGUAUCUUAGAGAGCAGUACCAACAGUAUGCUGAGUACUACCAACAACAGCACCAACAGUACCAGCAGCUGCAGCAGUUACAGUACUAUGCAGAGUAUUACCAGCAGUACCAACAGUACCAGCAACUCCAGCAGUACCAGCAACUCCAACAGCUCCAGUACGCCUACCCACCUCCCAACCACCACGCCAUGGCCGCCAUUUCGGGCCACGCCCACCACCACGGCCAGCCCGGUCACGUCACGGCGCUGGACUCCGCCCUCAGGCCAGUGGUGCCCGCCUCCGCUAUGGUGGCAGUGCCCAGAGUGUAUGAGUCGCCGCUGCCGCCGCCACCGAACCGCAAGGAGGCCGUCCUCCGCCGAGCCCCCGAACUCUCCCUUCACACGCCUGAGCCCCCGUUCCGAUAGUCCACACCUCCCUCGCUCACACCUCCUCUGCCACCCCACCGCACACAACCCGUAUACCACCCUCGUACCCUUCCUUUCUCUCAGCGGCUGUGUGUAUCUGUGUGUGGAGGUAUAUAUAUAUCUGUGUGUCUCUGGAUGUGUAUCUGUGUGAGAAUUAGUGUUUUUGUGUGUGGAGUUGGUUUGGUAUUAGUUUUUACUGUAGUCAAUGGAUAAACACCCAAGCAUCUAAACCCCAACCGUGGUCCUGAUACCACACACACAGUGCAGUGAAAAGGGGGAAAAUUAGCUCUUACCCGCCACAUACCGUUGGCUUUUUUUAGUAGGGAUUUCUAUUGCCUUUUAAAGUGUGAGAAAUAGACUGAGACCGUCAUACAUUUUCAUUGCCUUCAAGAGUGAUGAUUUACAGUGUAAAGGCCAACGUAUGAGGGUUCUCGGGGAUUCAGUGAGUUAGCUAAUCUCUCCACUAGUUCAACAGAAAUAUUUCUAGCUUUGAUUUUAACGAUAUGAAUGUAUUGAAACUGCACUGUGGUUUGUUGUGAAGGUCCAGGGUUGGAGGGGUCUGUGUGUCUUGCAUGUGUCGGGACUGUGGUGUGAGCGAGAUGUUGGCUUUCUGUUUCAAUGUAAUUCACACUGUCCGGGUUCCCUCACGAGUGCAACCCUGGGGGACGCGAGGGCACAGACCCACAGCCACACUAUUAUUUUAGAACUACAUUCUACCUACCCAGCCUCAUCCCUCCCCUCACCCCGCUGCAACCAGAACACUGAAAGACACUGCUACAUUUCUGCCCUCUUUUACUCCCAUCUAUACCGUAGCCUGGUUAAACUAGAUUGAAUGCUGUGCUCAUCACUGAAACAAUGGAGGAUUCCACAUUGUCAGGUUUCACCAGGCUAUCUAUACCUACCUCUGACGAUGAGAUAGGAUUGAGAUUAGCUGGUUAGAAUAUGAAUUGUCUGCUUUCUAUCCAUCCAGUAUAUAAAUUGGUGUCAGUUGCAGGGUUGGCAUCCAUUCCAUUUGAAUUCAAAUCAGUCAAUUUACUUCCUGAAAUGGAAUGGACCCCAACCCUGGUCAGGAGUUUGGAGAAUGCCACAUUUUAGUGACAAAGAUGAUGUACUAUACUAAUAGUGUCUUGCUGCAUCAGUAUAUUUUUGAGGCCUUUUGUAGUAUGUUUUAGUUGUUUUUUGUUGUAAGUGGUUGUGGGGUCGACGAGUACAUUCUAAACCCCUCAGAUCAUGUAUGUAUGAACUGUUUGGUGGAUUUAUAAGCAAGUCAACGUUUUAGACUUUUUAGCUAGAGAACCAUGAGUUUCGGUGAGCUUGACGUUGUGCCUGAGCGUUGCGUGAAGUGGAGGGAAUAGCUCCUGUUUAUUGAAGCGCUUUUUUUCUAAUGGCAGUCUUUUUUAAAUGUAAAUCAAAGAAAACAUCUGAGGUGGAGGGUUACGAUAAUGUGAUCAUUUUUAAUUUUUUUUGUGGUGCGGUGACCUUCGCACCGAUGGUAUGAUGACAGGUGGAGCAGUAUCUUUCAGUCGCCCGCCCCCGACGUGUCCGUGCACCCCCCCCCCCGUUGUAAGACGACUCACUACCCCCCGUACCCCACUGCCCUUUCGCCUUGUGGUUGUAGUGAUGUAGCUUUUUAUGUUGCAUAUUCUCUCUCCGUCUCUCAUAUAUACCAACGCACACACACACAGUUGCAUCUCCUGUGAAAUAUUGAUGGUCACAACAACAACAACAACAUUUUAUUAUUCUUAUUGCUUGCCUUGUGUCUGACCAUGUUUUUUAUUUUGCCUUUUUUUUUGGUCUUUUAAAAAAAAUAAACAAUUAAACCGGCAUGCUUUUUAAUAUGUACACUAUACAUGUCCACCAUUUUUUAAAUAAAGAAUGUUUCUAACUAGUGGGGGGGGGGGGCGACACCUGAGCAUUUCAGAUGUUUUUAUUUUUUUGUAUUUUUCACUCCUUCCUGUUUCUCCUUGUUGUAAUGACCAGACCCAUGUGACUGGGGACCAGGGUGGCAGAGAAAAUGAGGAGUAGCGUCAGUGUGUGCUUCCCCCCCUAGUCUGCCUCGGUGGAUGGGGUCCCCGGCCGUCCAGACACAGCCAAGCGUGUGAGGUGAGAGGGGGAAGACAAUAAACGUCGCGCAGGCAAAUGGGAAGUGGGAACUCAAAUCUACUCCACCAAGGUAAUGAAACAAAGCACCGCUCCCGCCCCCCCCCCUUCUCUGACUGUGCUUUGACCAAACUCCCAUCACCACCACCCCUCCGUAGCUCCCCACUCACCUGCGUUGACAUUGCCAAAGCCGGGGGGCUUCUCUUGGGGAGGGGUCACUGCUCACUGCUGCUGUCUCCUACCAGACUUCCAGUGAAUUGUCCCGUCUCUCGCCUUGCAGCACCUACAUUUGGACUGUUCCGUCAGUCUCUCUCUGUCGUGCUGAUGUGUGUGUGUUAGGGUGAGAGAUUCUGUGCUUGUGCUUUACUUUUUGUGUGUGACUACUUUUUGUGUGACUACAUGUUUAAUAGAGUGAGCCAGUGUGUGGUGUCGUUGGUGUGUUGAGGCUUGGCACAUUUGGAUCUCCUGCCCCCCGCUAGUGACUCCUACACCGCCGUAUUCGCCACCCCUCCUCCCAACCCAUCCCUCUGUGCCUGUCCGCCGUACACAACGCUUUCCGCUUCCACCGCUGCCAUCUUGGAUCUAGGCUGGGUUCUGUGGCUCUAGCUGCGGAUCAGCUGGCCACACCCACCCCUGGGUAUGGCUGUAGCUAUAGAGACUGUAGCUAUAGUGAAUGACAAUGGACACAGUGUAUGGUGGCCUAGUGGGGUCGCUUGGCUGGUAAGAGUAUUACCAGCAACGGUAGAGAAAGUGAGACACUCCACUCCCCAAUUUUUUUUCUUCUAAUCGGGGCAGGCCCACUCUGGUCUACUGCGGGGGAGGGGGGGGGGGGGGGUUGACCCAGGCCAAGAAAUCUCACUGGCUCAUAUUUUUUUCUGGUUGGUCGGGGCAAGUGAGAGGGGGACAAUAAAUAGACUAAAGCCAGUUGUUCCCUUUCUCACGUGCCAGACAUUGGCCGCGUGCCUCUGCACAGGCGUUGAUGAUGCAUACCUUAUCCUACAACGCCUGGAUAGGUAAUGUGAUUAGCUGAUACUUGAAUUUUGUUAUAGCAAUCAGUCAGUCGAUGACGUGGCACGCAAACAUCGGUUGAUGCAUGCAAGGGAAUGCAACCUAUAUGGAGGAACUGAGCUCGUGCGGGAAAAGCAUGCUCACGCGAGAUGAAAAAUCCCACUUACACAAACAGGAACCCUUGACCAUUAUUGUAAAAUGGUUAGCGGCCAGAGUCAACUCUUGUUUAUCCACCAUCUUUGGUAUUCAUAAAACAGACUUUGUAGGGAGAGUUUUUGCUUUGCAAAAACUGAUGAUGGGUUUGCCAUGAUUGUAUGGGGGUUAGUCACUGUUCACUACCAACAACACCCAGCUCCUUGCAGUUUAAUCAAUAAAUUCAAGACUGUCUAAUAAAGCCAAUAAAUUAACCUCCCUCUGAAGAAUAACAUUCAUGUUUUUUUUUUAACACAGAGUUAAAAAAUGGCCCUAUCAAAAAUGUCCUAUAAGACAGACGAACCCAGUAAGGGUUUAACUACCUGCAGAUUCACUGCAAUCUCAGGACUCUUAUAGGAUUUCUUUGGUACGGGGACUAUUUCUCUUCACUUCCAACCGGCUCUACUUGUUUGUUGUUCUGUAUAAAUGUGUGUAUCUGUUAAGAAUCUCCCUCUGUUAGGAUGGCCGAACACACACACUUGUCCCCCAACGUGUUCACUGGGCAGCCGAGAGGUGCGUUGCUGGCGGGCGUGCGGAGACUUGACAGGGAGAGGGCGUGGUCUUCCUGCCUCUGUCUGCUUCACCACUGAAAAGAAUGAAGGAUGGAUAAAUGGAUGGAAGGAAGCUGCGUUGGUAAUGUAGGGAUCUCCGGCUCUGAUCCCUGCCUGUUCCCUUAAACCCAUUCUGUCCUGAUCUUAGAGGAGAAAAGUCAUCUAGAUGUUUUAAAAAAAAUGGUGGCUCAAGGAAAGGAAGUGGGUGGGUUAAGAGAGGUGGGCCAGUAACCGGAAGGUCUGUGGUUCAAACCCCCCCGAGCUGACUAGGUGAAAAAUCUGUCUAUGCCCUUGAGCAAGGCACUUAACUCUAAUUGCUCCUGUAAAUCGCUCUGGAUAAGAUUGACUACAAUGUUAAAAGGUUCACCACCAAUCUCUCCUCUGAGCAUUCAAACUACAGUAUUGCCCAGGCACAAAAUGGACUAACUCAAAUAACUAAUAACUAACCCCCCCCCCCCCCCCCCCCAACUAGUCUGACUCUAGUGCUUGAGCAAAUGCAGUCAGCCUUGUAUUUCUGAAUUCCCCCUGGCCUGCUCCCUAUUAGCUCACACUGACUGGUAACCAGCCUUUCACCACUGCUCCUGUCCUGCUCCACCUCGCGCUGCACAACACAGGACAGGGAAGCUAGAAAUGCUGCUUUACCAAUAGAAUCUCAAUUCCAAAUUUCGCCCCUCUUUCCUGAAAUGUGCGCUUGUCCACUCCCCCUCAAGGGGGGGGGGGGGGCAUUGGAUUGUUCUAGACAGAGUAUACCGUAUAUCUAAUACCAAUCUCAAUAUUUUCAUGGAGUGAACGAGUGCACACUUCGGGGAGAAUUGGAAUUGGGCCACAGUUUUGCCCCCAGGGUAGUCGCCAGUCCACUGUCUAUCACACUUAACAUACUGCCCAAAUACUACCUAGUCACAUCAAAUAUUAUAUUCUCACAUGCAAGGACUUGUUCCUAAGUUGACUUAAUUAAGAAUCUGGGGCAAGUCAAGUGUAGUUACAGUGUAAUGGUGUGCGAUUUCAUCUGGUUAAGGAAGAUACUAUUUAUAGUCCUACGAUAUAAAGGCAACCUAAUGUAAACUGUUACCUCAAUUGUUAUCUAAUAGCUAUGUUCUUAUAGAGUUAUUGGAGGAGACAUUUUUUUUAGGGAGAAAGAGCAUUUUCGUAUGCCGAACUGGAUUGUUAAGGUGAUGUUUUUGCAAAUAUCAAUGUUGAGUAAUUUGGUACUUCAAGUGCAUUUACAGGAAGAAACAAGAGCAAAUAAUCAGCAUGUUUCAAGGAGAUGAAGGGGGACAUUUUAAUGGUGCAAAAUAGUUCAAAGAUGCCAGAAAAUAUUGUAAAACUAAUAAUCCAGCAGUGUUAUACAUUUUUUUUCAACAAUGUGCAUUAUAAAAGUGAAUAUUUAACUAGUUUAGUAUGCUGAGCAAUGCAUGAAUUGUGUCCUUUUUAUAACACACAAUGCUUGAGAAGUCUAAUUGAAUCACAAUGCCAGAAUGAGUUUUGGUUUUGCACGACUUUGCACCAUGAAAAUGUUGCCUGAAAUGUAUUAUGACAAUGAAUAACCAAAUUUCAUAUAUUUAUGUAUACUCCUUGCAUUGCUUAUGUCUCGAGGCACUGUACCGUCUGCAUGGUUGUACCAAAUAAAUGAUUAUUUUAAAAUAAA